AUGCACGCUGUUCCGAUUCGGUCGUUCAUGGCCGAUGAAGAGCACUCGCGAUCUGCGUCCUCAUAUGAUGGCGACGACGAUUUCGUAGAGGCUGAGGACAACGGAGAGGACUUUGAAGGAACAUUAGACGAAGAGGAGAUGCUUGGUGGUGUCGACUAUGCUAGCGAACUUAGAGAAUUGGAGGAUGAAGGAUCCAUGGAUAUCGAGGAACUGCGAAGGCGUUAUGGGUAUUCGUUAUCUGGUGAGGACAGUGCAGAAGCUGAGUGUGAUAGUUGUUCUGACGUCGGUGUGGUAGAAGAUGUUGGCGAAUGUGGAACAGUGGAUGUGGAAGCAAGUGAAACUACUGAGUUCUUCCAACUUCCAUACGAUGAGCUCGAUGAGGGCGAAGAAUCAGAUGACAGAGAUUACGCUCCCCCUGAUCCGUGGAAGAAGGAUGUACGUGUCGAUCCUGGGCGCUACCAAGCCGCUGUUCCUGAAUCUAUGAACGAUGAAACAUCGUUAGCGUCCAGUGAUACUGACAACGAUUUGCCGACAUUGCCGAAUCCAGCACCAGGCGGUGCUCUGUGGGCACCCUCUUGUAUCUUAACAGAGGCAGAUAUUGAUCGAUACCUUGUGGAUAUAGUGAAUUUACGAGCAGCUCAUGGUCAGACGUUUUCGGAUCGUUAUUUGACGACCAGAGACGACGAAGAUGCAUUGUGUGCGUUGUAUAGGAAUCGUUACGACAUAGAGAAAGCGAAGGCAUCGUUUCCCUUUGCACGAGUAAAUCAACCAUUCCGUACAGUUCGUGAAGGUGCCUUGGAGUGGGAUCUCGGCGAGCGUGAUCUCUUUGAGAGAGGUAUUGCAAUGCACGGGAAAAAUUUCUCCGUUAUACAGAAGAGAUUGCUGCCAUAUAGGCGCGUGGGCGAGCUUGUAGAGUACUACUACUUCUGGAAGAAGACCGACAGAUAUCAACUGUUUCGAAGACGAGGAACCUAUCAAGAAGGCGACAUUAACUCUGAACCGCAAGUGAUGUCUUCAUAUCUCCAUCCUUACGACGGAGCCCUUCCAGAAGUUGGAGGAGUUCGAACAGAAGGCGAUGGUGUUUUGCCUGAUAUGGGCAACAGUGGUUCAAGCACAGAAAGCCUUGACGAGGGCAAUCUCACUGCUACUGCGUCUUCGCAACCAACAGCCGUCUCCGACAACACCGAUAUGACCCCAAUAGAAGCUGGGACGGGCGCUCCUGACUUAAAAGCAGCAGAACACGGCGACAUCUGGUGGAGUGAUGACGUGCCUGUGGCACAAGUAUGA